ACGAGCUGCGUGGAGUUCCCACGGACUCGGUUCUCAGCACUUCUGGUCACUGGGUAGUCGGCCUGGACCGGCAGGCUCCAGCCACUCCCCCUGCAGGUAGAGCUGCAGACGGUCACACUCUACACCGAAGUGCCACAAGAGGUAUCGCAGAGGUGACAACUUGAUCUAGGCCUGGAAGGGAAAUAAUUUGGGAAAGGAGAUGUGGGGCAUUCCAGGUGAAGGGCAUUCCAGAAAAUGGGAAGCAAGACUGAAGCAAAUUGAAGAACGAGCAUCUCAUUAUGAGAGGAAACCACUGUCCUCAGUGUAUAGGCCAAGAUUGUCCAAGCCAGAAGAACCACCCUCCAUUUGGAAACUAUUUCAUCGACAAACUCAAGCUUUUAAUUUUGUUAAAAGCUGUAAAGAGGAUGUUCAUGUAUUUGCUUUGGAAUGCAAAGUGGGAGAUGGACAGCGUAUUUACCUUGUGACAACCUAUGCUGAACUUUGGUUUCACUAUAAAUCCAGAAAAAAUCUCUUACACUGUUAUGAAGUUAUUCCUGAAAAUGCUGUGUGCAAGCUUUAUUUUGACUUGGAAUUUAACAAACCUGCCAAUCCAGGAGCUGACGGGAAAAAGAUGGUUGCAUUACUCAUCGAGUAUGUGUGUAAAGCGCUUCAAGAGUUAUACGGUGUUAAUUGCUCAGCUGAAGAUGUUUUGAACUUGGAUUCUAGCACUGAUGAAAAAUUCAGCCGGCACUUAAUAUUUCAGCUCCGUGAUGUGGCAUUUAAAGAUAACAUUCAUGUUGGUAACUUUUUGAGAAAGAUUUUGCAGCCUGCUUUUGACUUGCUCGGCAGUGAAGAUGAUGAUAGUGCUCCAGAGACGAGAGGCCACGGAUUUCCCCAUUUUUCUGAAGCAUCUACAAAACCAGGAUUUUCUUUGAACAAAAUGUUCACAGAAAAGGCUGUAGAAGAAAGCUGGACAUUGAAUUCAAAGAAACUGGAGAGGCCGGGGUCAGCUGAGCAAACCAGUCCCGACCUUUCGUCUCUAGUUGUGAAGAAUAAGCUGGGAGAGAAGCAUCUGUUUGUAGAUCUGGGAGUUUAUACAAGAAAUAGAAACUUUCGGCUGUAUAAAUCAUCAAAAAUAGGAAAGUGUGUGGCUUUGGAGGUCGCUGAGGAAAACGGAUUUUUUCCCACACAGUCAGAAGACGUUUCUGAAGAAUAUCAGUAUUUUCUUUCCUCUUUGGUCAGCAACGUCAGGUUCUCAGAUACUUUAAGAAUUCUUACAUGUGACCCAUCUCAGAACAAACAAAAAGGAGUUGGAUAUUUUAACAGUAUCAGCACUUCAGAAACCAUGGAAGGUUUCCAGUGUUCACCCUACCCUGAAGUUGAUCGUUUUGUUCUUUCUUUGGUGAAUAAAGAUGGCAUUGAAGGAGGAAUUCGGCGUUGGAACUACUUUUUCCCAGAAGAAUUAUUGGUUUAUGAUAUUUGUAAAUAUCGUUGGUGUGAAAACAUCGGAAGACCCCAUAAGAGUAAUAAUAUCAUGUUCAAGUCAUUCUCCUGCCUCAGCUUCCCGGGUAGCUGGGACUACAGGAUUCUGGUUGAUCUGAAAAACGAAGUUUGGUAUCAAAAAUGUCAUGACCCUGUGUGUAAAGCAGAAAACUUCAAAUCUGACUGUUUCCCAUUACCUGCUGAAGUAUGUCUCCUGUUUCUUUUCAAAGAGGAAGAAGAGUUUACAACAGAUGAAACUAGGAGCAGUGAAACCCAGAAUCCUCAUAAGCCAUCACCUAGCAAGCUGUCAAGAGGUGCAUCUGCGGACACAGACUGGAAUAAUGGCAUUGAUGAUGCGUAUUUUUUAGAAGCUACUGCAGAUGCUGAAUUAGCUGAAGCGGCAGAGAACAGUCUUCUCAGUUACAAUAGUGAAGUGGAUGAAAUUCCUGAUGAACUAAUUAUAGAAAUAUUACAAGAGUAACUAAUUCACUCUGGACACUUGUCACCAGGCUAUAAUUUGCCUGAUAUGUCAGAUUUGAUAAAUAUAUUGUUAAACCUGUUUACAUAAACUAAGUUUUAUCACUGUUUUCCAAUUUUUGUUUUUUACUUCUAUAAACCAAUUUCACUGAAAAUUAGUUUUGGGGUA